AUGAACACGGCGCUGCGGACCGUCAAGAUGACGCCGCGCGGUCAGGACCCCAUCCCGCUCGACACCAUGAACAUUCGCGGCUCCACGAUUCGCUACUUUAUCCUGCCCGACUCGCUGCCGCUCGACACCCUCCUCAUUGACGACUCGGUCAAGCCCAAGAACAAGGCUCGCAAGGAGGUUGCGGACCGCGGCGGACGCGGCGGCCCCAGAGGCGGUCGGGGCAGGGGUCGUGGUGGUGGUAUGCGCGGCGGCCGCGGUCGGGGACGGUAA